AGGAACGUUCAACAUGUAAAGCGUAAACAAUGCAAAAGAGCAUUUUGAUUUAGUUAGUGUUUUGUUUAAGAAUUUUCGUUUAGUAAAACUGUAAAAAAAAGUCAAUCAAUAUGAAUAGAGAUGAUGUGAUACCGCCGAGUCCACCGGUGAAAUUGGGCAAAUCACGUUUAAGCAUAAGAAAUUCCAAGUCAUCGCAUCAAAAGAAGAAACCUCGCCGUGAAAUACUAAGCGAACGCGCGAAAAAUUUACAGCAACAAAAGAGUAUUCUUUCCAUUAAAUCAACUGAUAAAAUCGAUGGUGGUCAAUGUGAAAAAAGUUCAGAGGAUAGUGUAACUGAUGUAAAAAUACAUAAUGUAAAUAUUUAUAUAGGACUCGAUGAUGUAUCGCCUGAAGAGAAAAACCGUACAAUGUCAAUGUUAAACGAUUUUGACAUAUUGCACCACACAAAAUUAAUUGAAGAAUGUAAUAAAUUCGAUUUGUUGUCACACUCACAGAAUUUCAACGUGUCUCAAACACUUUCACAAACACACGGUUUGGUUUCGGUUAAAGAUUUAUUGUUAUCAUCGCAAAAUGUGUCAUCAGUCGAAUCGAAUGACGAAUUAUCAGCGCACAUCAGCUCACCAAGCUUAUUGGGUUCUCUAGUUGAUCGUGAGGCAAGGGACGUAUCACUUGAAAAUAUUCAAUUUUCAGAGUGGCAAAAUCAAAGCAAAGGUGACACUUCGAUGAAUGAGCAAGCAAAUUGUUCCAAUCAAAGUCCUGUGAACGAACGCACGAUUCGUUCUUUUAAUGAAUACUCAACGUCACAAUACGAACGAAUAGAAACAAUACAAAGUGAUAUGGAAGCUAUGACUUUUGUUGAGAGCAUUUUGGAUGAUUUUAAUGAUGAUGAGAGUGAAGAGGAAAUUGCACGCACACCACCCGUUGUAUUGCUUAGGCGACCCAAUCGUAAAACGUACGACCGAAUACACGUGGCUCGAGUAAAAGUUUUGACAUUUGAUGAUGACGAUAAUAACAAAGAAGGGCCGACCAACGACGAUCUACCGAAUGAGUUUGAUGUCGAAAGCACUCAGUACACGCAAGAUAUAGACGUUGUUUUAAAUGAUAGUCGACGUAUUCUGGAAAAUCUGACACAACUUAAUACAUAUUUCACACAACCACAAUCAUAUCAAUUGGAUUUCAGCACAGAUUUAUCACAUAAUACGGUUACACUCGACGAAGAGUUCAAAGAAUUCGCGUAUGACUCGGAUGAUUUUGUAAGUGUUGCGGAACAUAAUGACUUUGAAAAGAUCGUUGAUACGCCAAACAAUUCGAAACGCUCAACGGGAAACAAUCGACGAUUGGAGAAUACCAUAGCAUCAAAUCGACUAUUUGAGGAUUGUGAUGAGGUUGCUGACACGACAAAUGACGUGAACUAUCAUAAUCCAUCGAUUCAAUUGCUUGACGAUGAUGGUGAUGAUAUUUUUGUAAAUAUCAAUACACCAAAAAUUGUGAACCGUUGCCGAGCGCAAAAUCAACAGUCAGUUUCAACGCCUUUUUCAUUGAUCAAAGGGCGUAUUGGAGACACAAUGCACAUGCAUUCGACACCAUCAACAUCGAAACAAUCGAUAUCAAUUGAACAACGGAUACCAAAACGAUUACAUUUUGGCGCUGAAUUCGGUCGUCCGGAGAGAAAUCCCGAAAAUUUGUUUAAAAAUUCGUCAUCAGUGAAUGGUUUUGUAACUGCUCGUGGCACAUCUAUUGAAAUGACAGCCGCACAAAUGAAACGAACAGCGAGCAUAUUUGCUGACAUCGACGAAAAAUAUAACCAAAUCGAUCCAGUUUUGGAAGAAAAACCGAUCGCGAAAAAAUUUAAGCAUUCAAGUGAAACGGAGUCAUUUCAAAAUUCGACUUCACAUCAAGGUAACAUGAAAAGCAUGAAUUCAAGAUGUGAAGGUUUUCGAACAAUGGGCUCAAGCAAGUUGGUGCCCAAAUCUAUAGCAAAAACCAUGACAUUUUUCGGUGAAGAUUUUGAUUUUGGCAAGCUUAAAACUGAUCGAUGUUUUAAGUCAUCAUCAAAUGUAGCUGGUACAAGUUUUGCGGGAGGGUUUUCAACAGCCGGCGGUUCAAACAUUCAAAUUUCGACCAAAAAAAUGGAAAAAUAUGCUCAAACUCUCAAAGAGAUCGAUCGAAAUUUGCGGAAUGAAUUUAAGGAUGAUGCCAAUUUGAAUGAAAAUAUUCUAGCUUGUCAAACACCAUUAAGGAAAAACAAUCAUUCAUCAACCGCAUUUAUAACGAGCACACCCAAUCCCAGUUCAUUGAUUGGUAUCAAAGGUGGUCUUCCAAUCACGCCAAACUUCACCAACGACACCACACACUGUCCCCUAAUCACACCGAUCGUCAACAAUAAAGCCAAAGAUUUUGACACUUAUCUCGAUGGUGACAUGGCUGCGGCCCUGUUCGAAACAAGUACGCAACGUUUUCAAUUGGAAACAGCUAAUAAAAGCGACUCAUCGCUGAAUUUGAACGAAACAAUUACAGACGAUUUUCAGUUACUCAAUGACAGUGUCACCGACGUAGAAAUUGAUAUAUUGAAAAUAUCCGAUGAAAUUAAAUUCGAACGAAAAACUGCGUUGAGCAAACAACAAGCACAGUGCUUGAAAAAAUCACAUCCAAUUCGUCGGCAUUAUGGUUCGCUUUUUUUGCAGAAAAUGUUAGAUCCGAAGAAACUCUGCGAAUUGGGCACACCAAAAAAGUACAAACACAAUGAAUUGAUUGAAUUGGGUGUUCAAUCGAAUGUCAUCGAUCUGAAUAUUGACAAUGUGCUUGAAUUCAAAUUCGAUAUGUGGAAAUUUUAUUCGGAUGAUGUGUGCCGGAGAAAUGUCGAUGGAAUCGUUAUGCCAGAUGAAAUGUGUCUGAUCAUGGACGAAAAUUCACGAGUUGGAGUCAAAGAAUUGACAAGCGCAUUUCUUAGUUGUCCAUCAGUCGACCCGAAACUAGUGCCAGACCACUGGAUUGGCAAUUCCUUAAAGUGGAUCAUGCUGAAAUUGGCAAGUUACGAACGAUCAUAUCCACAUAAAUUUGCUGGAAACGGUCUCACACCGGAGAAUGUUUUAACACAACUCAAGUACCGAUAUGGUCGUGAGAUUGACGAUGUCAAAAGGUCUGUAAUUCGAAGAAUCGUUGAACGUGAUGACUCAGCGGCCAAACGCAUGGUACUAUUUGUCAGUCGCAUAUUAAACAAUAGCUCAGCAUGUACGCUCGAAUUAUGUGACGGAUGGUAUUCGAUUAGAUCGAACGUUUUAGAUUCAGUUUUAUCGCAUGCAGUGACCACUGGUAAAAUUACCAUCGGAACCAAACUAAUCAUUCAAGGGGCUGAGAUUAUUGGAUUUGAAGAAGCGUGUAGCCCACUUGAAAUGCCAAUUUCGGUGGCUUUAAAAAUAACGGCUAAUUCGACCAGAAGAGCAAGAUGGUAUGCGAAAUUAGGCUACUGCAAGGAGCCAUGGCCGUUCGCCAUAUCACUGAACUCCGUCGAUGGAAACGGUGGCUUAAUUACACGAAUGAGAGCAUAUGUCUUACGAAUCUAUCCCUUGAUUUACGCAGUAAAACAACAAACAGAAAACGGACAAAAAACUGUUUUCAGAUCGAAUAAAGUAGAACAACGACAGAAUCAGAAAGAUGACAAAAAACGCUUAGAAAACGUUGAGAAGUUCUAUGAAGAGGCCAGCAUAAUAAUUGAAAAAGAAUAUGAGGAAGAUCGAAAGGCAUCAAAGCGAACGAAGAAGAAAAUUUGUGAUAUUGACGAUGGAGAAGAGCUGUGGAAUUUCAUGGAAAAUUCAAAUGACAGCAUUGAACUGGAUUUAUCAUCAACUCAGCACAAACUAUUGGAGGAUUAUCAAACGAAACGCAACGACGAAAUGCAAAAUAAAAUCAGUGCGAUAGUUCGAGAGAAAUUGGAUUCAAUUAAGAAUGCAACGAAAUCGACACCAUUGCAAAAAAUACGAUUGAUCGAUCCGGUAUCUCCGUGUGCAACAAAAACGGUGAUUCUGUCUAUUUGGAAUGCUGAUGAGUCGCAUCCCACAAUGCGUGAAAACACAAUUAUAGAUGUUCGCUAUGUCACGGCAAAUGGGAUGCGUAUGAAAGAUGUGCAAUUGACGACUAGUGGGUUUACUAAAAUUCAGCAAGUGCAAAUGUCUCCAUCAUCGACGUCACAUGAACCAUUCAAGCGGAAAUUGUUCUCUCUUGCUGAAGUCAAUUCACAACAGUUCGAACCAUAUUUCAAUGAAGUGGAUACAUUUGGUGUUGUCGUAAAAAUCGAAGCCGUUGCACCAAAUUACCCAUUUCAAUUGGUAUACAUUGCCGAUGCCAACAAAAAUAUGCUCUGUCUCAAAUUUUGGACAAAUAUUCAACAUCACGCUUGCGAUGAUAUCGUUCAAGUCAAUCGAUGUUUAAUGAUAAGUCAAUUGGAAUGGAGACCAAUCGAAAAUGCACAUCGACGCACUCGAAAUGGUAUACCACAUGCAUUUGUUACCGAACUCACUACAUUCUUAGUGAGUCCAAAAGUAGCGGAACGAUCAUUGAAGCUAGCCAAUCUUCGUGAGGAAAUUGAUAAAAUUGACCCGAAUCAGUACGUAGAAGAAUGCUGUGAAAAAUUAAAGGAAUAUGACCAAGGCAACAAAGAAAAUUCAAUUUCAAACAUAUCGUCAAAAACACUAGACACAAGUCUGAAUCGAACAACUAUCGCAGAGUCACCGGUGGGUCGAAAUUCUUCAGUGCUUCUGGAGAAAAUAAAUCGUCUGCAAAGCUAUGGUACUCCACCUCCUAUUCGAAAGUCAUAUAUUUGCGCUAAACCUACGCCAGAGAGUUUACGAAAGCCAUUCAAAACUCCAUCGAGAUUGGAAUAGCCAAUAAACAAUUCCAGUAUACGACUUUCAGUAUAAAUUUUGUUGUUGCCACAUAGUUAUAAACUAAGAACAUUUUCAGAAAGUGAUGAGACUUAUUUACAUUUUUUUUUGUUAUUUAUUCAUUUUUUUUAAAUUAUAAAUGAACAUUUUCUAAAUGAAUUAAACUUUAUAUUGAAGUUACAGCGAAUUAAUUUGAAUAAAUGUGUAUUUUGAGUUUUUAAGUAA